CACUUUCCAAUGUCCUUUGCCUUCACUCUCGGCAGAAGGGUUGGUAACCGGCUACCGGCUGCUCUACGUCCCAUCCGUCCAUUACCCAGGUGCACCGGUGUCAGGAUGGCAUCCACGCUGCCCAGGCUGCCUGUAUUCGAGGCAAUCGCCCGCCAUGAUCCCGAAUCGACCGUCGUGAUUCACUCCAACAGCGGGCGCCGGUUCCGGUAUGGGGAGCUGCUCGGUGAUGUGUGCAAGGUCCGGAACCGCCUGUAUGAGUCUGCCGGGAGGGACGACAUAGACGGCGAGCGCAUUGCCUUCCUGGUCGAGAACAGUUAUGACUAUGUGGUGACCCUGCUCGCCAUUCUUGCGGCAAAGUCCAUCGCGGUGCCGCUGUCUCCGGCGUUUCCUGCGCCGGAGCUGCAGUACAUCCUCAACCAUAGCGAGGCCCUGCUGCUGCUCUCCUCCACCAAGUUCGCGUCAAAGGCAGAGGAAGUGCUCAAGACGGAGUUAGAUGCCCCGCCCUCGUAUCUCCAGCUGAGCAAAUUCCAAGGCGGCGGUGCCCAUGAGAAGGUCAUCUUAGAAAAGACCGGGCCUGGGUCAGCCGGCAUGAUGCUUUACACGUCCGGCACAACAAACCGGCCAAAAGGCGUCUUACUACCACAAUCCGUCAUGACAGCGCAAGCUCGCUCGCUCUUGCAAGCUUGGGAGUACUCGGCGUCCGACCAUCUGCUCCACGUGCUGCCGCUCCACCACAUCCACGGCACCAUCAACGCCAUAUUCACCCCGCUCUUCGCAGGCAGCACGAUCGAGUUCCUGUUUCCCUUCAACGCCGACGCUGUUUGGCGACGCUUUGCCGCGCCCUUCCUCACGCCAGACCAGACCUACAGCCCCGAGUCCGCGCCGCACAAUCACCAACGGAUCACCUUCUUCACCGCGGUGCCCACCAUCUACUCCCGCCUGCUUACCAGCCACAAGACCCUACCUCCGGACAUGCAAAGCGCCGCCCGCACCGCUAUCUCCCCGUCCAACCUGCGCCUCGCCAUCUCCGGCUCCGCCGCCCUCCCUACCCCGAUCAAACGCGCCUGGUCCGACCUCAGCGGCGGCAACGUGCUCCUGGAACGAUUCGGCAUGACCGAGGUGGGCAUGGCGCUCAGCUGCGGGCUGGCCGUAGCCGACCGCGUGGAUGGGUCCGUCGGGUGGCCCCUCCCCGGGGUGGAAGCGCGCCUCGUCGACGUCGACACGUACCAGGUGAUCGAGCGCGGCCAGGAGCGGGAUGCCGACGGAAGAGAACGAGUCGGGGAGAUCCAGCUGCGGGGGCCGACCAUCUUCGCCGAGUACUGGCGCAACCCGGAGGCGACGGCCAAGGAGUUUGUCGACUCCAAGGACGGCAGGGGCCAGUGGUUCAAGACGGGCGACGUGGCGGUGCGGAGGACGGUGGAGGGCGCGGGCAAGAGCAACGCGCCGAGCCAAAAGGACUGGACCAGGGGCGACAUGUACUUCAUCCUGGGGCGGCGCAGCGCGGAUAUCAUCAAGAGCGGCGGGGAAAAGGUGUCUGCCUUGGAGGUGGAGCGGGAGAUGCUGGCGCUGCCGCAGGUCGCCGAGGUGGCCGUGCUCGCCGUGCCGAGUGGGAAAUGGGGCCAGAAAGUCGGCGCCGUGGUGAUCCUCGACAAGGAGCAUGUGCCCGAGGGCAAGUGGUCGCCGCUGGAGAUGCGGCGGGCGCUGAAGGGGAAACUGGCGGGCUACAAGAUCCCGCAGGUGCUGAAGGUGGUGGACCACAUCCCGAGGAACGCAAUGGGCAAGAUCAACAAGAAGAUGCUGGUCAAGGAGAUCUUUCAGGACGAGUUUAGCGGGGACGAGUUGUAAGAGCUAGGCGGUAGGGAAAAUGCAUGUUGCUUGGGUUAACUUUGAGGCAACUGGAUACAUUAUAUGGGGUCGGCUCUAUUGUUAGACCACUGGUAUGGGGGCGGUCCAGAAAAGUGUACACAAGCAUUAUCCGUGUUAGACUUAGAGCGGCUUGCAUUCACUGAAAUAAUGAAAUGGAGGGUCUUGGUUGUCU